CUGAGCAUGUGUGAUCUAGUGCCGAUCUGUUAUGCAGUUGUUGAAGGAGUCAAUGUGAAGCGGGCCUUGGAUCAGGAUUGCGUGUAGGCAGCAAAUGCAGUUUCCUCAAUACGUUUGGGAAUUGGUCACCUAAAAGACGUGGUGCACCUAUGCUGUCAGAUAUAUAUCUUUAAUGAGAAGCAAGACACUGUCAAAAUGUUCAACACCAAAAGGAUUCAAACCUGUGACUGCACUAGACUGGUUUAAAAUGGUCAGUCUUCUUGCAGACUAAAGAAAAAGUCCCAGUCAGUAGACAUGAGCUCUCAAGGAUUUGACGAUCCAAUGGCAACUGAGGAUUCAACAUCCCAAACUGGCAAAAUCCUCAAAACAAUUGCUUCAGAGGAGAAGGGGAAAAAUGCUGUCAACACACAGAGACGUAACACUAGACGGACAGAACUCAAGAGAUAUUAUACUAUUGAUCCUGAGCAGAAAAAAACCCAGGAGAAAAAGGAUGUCCGUCGUAUGUCUUUCCAGAAGCCCAAAGGAACCAUUGAAUACACAGUUGAAUCAAGGGACUCUUUGAAUAGUAUUGCACUCAAAUUUGACACUGCACCUAAUGAGCUGGUGCAGCUGAAUAAACUGUUUGCCAGAGCAGUUGUUCCAGGCCAGAUUCUUUACGUUCCUGAUCCAGACUACAUUUCCAGUGUGGACAGUUCACCACCAUUGAGUCCAGUCAGCCCUUUGUCACCAACCUCUUCAGAAACCGAGUCUGAGAAACCUCUGGAUGUGGAACACCCUGACCCCAAAGACCUGAGCUGCUCACAAAUACACAGCUGCAGCCGGACUCCGAGAGUGAUGUCGUUUAUGUCUGAGGAUGAGGAGGCGUUCACAGAGAAGUUUCUCAAAAUUACAUGCCGAUACAUAACUGAUGGAAAGGGUGCUGUCAGUGGAGUACUUCUUGUGACACCCAACAACAUUAUGUUUGAUCCUCACAAACAUGAUCCUCUCGUAAAGGAAUGGGGCUGCGAGGAAUAUGGUAUCAUGUGUCCCAUGGAGGAGGUCCUUUCAGCAGCCAUGUACAGUGACAUUUUGGACAAUAAAGUCAAAGAGUCUUUGCCUGUAGAACCAGAACGUCCUGGAUCAAUCAAAAAUGCAAACCAGAUAGAUGAAAGAGCACGAAGCAGUGCUGUUGAAGUUGACUUUAAACGAGACCUAAGGAAUGGCAGCAUGAGCACAACUACCAGAAACACAAAGGAAUCCUUGUUUGAAGAUGCGUUCACUGAAUCUGAACUCUCCCCAAUCCGAGAAGAACUGGCCUCUGAUGAGUUUAGACAAGAUAAGUCAUCUGUAGCCUUAUCAGACAGUGUGCAAACCAUAAACCAGUCUGCAAGGGAGAAGUGCCUCCCUUCAUCUACAGAAUCAUUGGAAGUGAAAGCGACCAAGCAAACUAGUGCUGAAAGUCUGUUGACUCAUGAUAGUGAUGUUCCAUGUCAUGAGCUGGUUGAAAUGAAGGGAAGUGGAAACCCGGAGAUGGAAAUCUCCAAAAAUAAACACCACCCUGAUGAUGAUGGUCAUGCUGUACACCAAAGUGAGGAUGAGCAACAAGCCACUUUUAGUCACAUUUCGGCUUGUGACCACAAAGAUGCUGAAGCUGAAGGAUUGGGCACCGAGUGCAGAGCAACUUGGAGUGCACCUGUUUCUGACUUAUCAGGGAUAUGCAAGGAGGAAAAUACUGAUCAGUCUAGUAGAGCGGGCGAAGAGCUUGUUCCAGAUUCUGCAAAUGAUGUCGAGGAACUCAGAAAACUCUGGAAAAGCCAUGCUAUGCAACAGGCUAAGGAGCAGAGGGAAACAAUGCAACAUGCAGCCAACAAAGACAUUAAUCCAAAAACUGGGCAAGCUGCAGAACGAUCUGAAGAAGGUAUUGCCUUACCAAAAGAGAACAGGCGGAAUCGAUCAUACAGGUUCUUGUGUUUGAGAGUCGGGAAGCCAAUGCGGAAGACAUUUGUCUCAGUGGCAAGUGCAUCUAUGCAGCAGUAUGCCCAGAGAGACAGGAAGCAUGAGUACUGGUUUGCAAUACCACAAGAAAGGGCUGAGCAUCUAUAUGCCUUCUUUGUGCAAUGGUCUCCAGAAUUAUAUGGUGAUGAAGCUGGAGAGUUAGUGAAGGAGCAAGGAUUCAUGGUCGUCACAAAGAAUGAGAAGUCAGAAAUGAAUGAGAAUUCCAACAACGUUCCAUUGCUGGCAGACUGGGAGGUAAGUGUGUUCUGGUAUUAAUUUAUAUUUUGCAAC